CUGUUCUGUCUCCCUCUCCCUCUCUCAAACUAAUACAUAAAUUUAAAAAAAAAAAAAAAGGAAAGGAAAAGAGAUCGUCUAUCUUUUAAAGUUUGUGGGAUCUCCUGUUCAACUCGGUGAUCCUGACACUUCUUUAGGGAGCAGCUCUUUGACAGGAUUUCAACAUAGCCAGUUAUGUCUAUCCCAUUAGAUUGAAAAUUCUCCACAGUUGGGAAAAUGCAUGGAAGCAACCAGAGUGGAGUCUCCGAGUUCCUGCUCCUGGGGAUCUCGGAGAGUCCUGAGCAGCAGCGGAUCCUAUUCUGGAUGUUCCUGUCCACGUACCUGGUCACAGUGGUGGGAAAUGUGCUCAUCAUCCUGGCCAUCAGCUUUGACCCCCGCUUGCACACUCCCAUGUACUUCUUCCUGGCCAACCUCUCCCUCACCGACCUCUUCUUCGUCACCAACACAAUCCCCAAGAUGCUGGUGAGCCUUCAGUCUCAGAACAAAGCCAUCUCCUAUGCGGGGUGUAUGACACAGCUCUACUUCUUGGUCUCCUUGGUGACACUGGACAACCUCAUCCUGGCGACGAUGGCCUAUGACCGCUAUGUGGCCAUCUGCCGCCCCCUCCAUUACAGCACGGCCAUGAGCCCUGGACUCUGCGUUUUGCUCCUCACCUUGUGUUGGGCACUUUCUGUCCUCUAUGGCCUCACCCACACCCUCCUCAUGACCAGGGUGACCUUCUGUGGUUCCCGGAAGAUCCACUACAUCUUCUGUGAGAUGUAUGUCCUGCUGAGGCUCGCGUGUUCUAACACCCAAGUCAAUCACACGGUGCUGAUUGCCACAGGCUGCUUUAUCUUCCUUACCCCCUUAGGAUUCAUGAUCAUGUCCUAUGUCCGGAUUGUCAGAACUAUUCUCCAAAUACCCUCAGUGACUGGGAAGUACAAAGCCUUCUCCACCUGUGCCUCACAUUUGGCUAUGGUCUCCCUCUUCUAUGGGACACUUGGUAUGGUAUAUCUGCAGCCCCUCCAAACUUACUCCGUGAAGGACUCAGUAGCCACAGUGAUGUAUGCUGUGGUGACCCCCAUGAUGAACCCUUUCAUCUACAGCCUGAGGAACAAGGACAUGCAUGGGGCUCUGGGAAGACUGCUCCUAGGGAAAGCCUUCCAGAGGUUGACAUGAGGUAAUUUGGGGCAUUGAAGUGGAGACUGGGAAUUUCCUCUACCAUGUGCAAAGCAUUAUCCUAUGGGAGACACAGAAGUGAGUGGGACAAAGCUCCAGCUCAGAAUAAGCUCAUAUAUCUGUGAUGAAGAAAAGACACCUACAUGUAACCUAGAGUUCCCCAGACCUCACCAGCCUUGGCAAUAAAUAAGGUUAUGCUAACAUGAAUACUAGAAUUUUGCAGGAUCCUGACCAUAGG